AAAAACAAAACAAAACAAAAGAUAAUUAUUUUCUUCCUCAAAGGGGUUUUCCCCCUUUUACAAAACACCGAGGAUCCAAGACGGACUGUGCAGUAGCCAAACAACUGAGCUAAUCUGAACCAAAAGGCUUGCUUUUCUCUUUAUUUUAAUCCCCCCCCUCCCCCCCCAGCUUUUAUUAUUUCCCGGGGCAGGCGGAUGGAGGUUUGGGCAGGCAUUGCUUUCCGUGGGGAAGUGGGCAGUGUGGCAGAGGAAUAGGUGCAAACAGCGCUGAUGAAUGGAUGGAUUUCCUCGUCUGCUGCUGGAGUGAGUUGGGGCUGGGUUGUUGUUGGUGGUUUUCGGGAUGAAAAUCCCAUGGGGCCAUAAAUGCAGCUCCCACUGUGCUUGCCCUCCACCCUGGUGGCGCUGGGAACAAAAGGAGCCGUGUGGGAGAGCCAGGAAAAAAAAUGUAUUUUUUCCCCAUGGAUUUGGGGAUGGUGGCAGCUCUUGGAUUAACCCUUUGGGAGCACCACAGGAUGCAGCACUGGCUCAGCGCUGACAGGAUGGGUUUUGCCAUGCAUUUGCAGGAUGAACUUUUUUUCCUGCAUCCCCAGCCUGAUUCAAGAACCUGAUUUAUUGGAUGGAGCAGUGUAGUGGCAGGGACAGUGUGAGGGCAGCCCAAGCUGCUGUCCCAUCCUGACCCAGUGGCUUUGCUGUGGUGUUUACACCAAGGGGUAUGAGCGUCCUGCCAGCUUUGGGGCAGGUGGAGGUGAUGCCUGAGGGAUGCAUGCAGGGGGAAAAGAUUCUGAAGCUCCAUCUGGAUGAGGGCAGGUUUGAGACAGGGCUUCCCUGUGAAACCAGUUAUAGAGGAGGAUUUGGCAAGGUCUGGGGAUCCAGGCAGGGUGGGGAAGCUCCUUAUCUCUCUUUGCGGCUGGCCCUGAUGCCUUGGGAGGUUUACCCCAAGGCUGGUGCCUUCGCUCACUGAUGUAGUGACGGAUGUAGUGCAUGGCUGGCGACAGUAGCUUCAGGGACAUCCACAUUUGGGGUGCAUUAGAAGCGUCCCCAGCUGUUUUCUGGGGCUUCCCGUGCCCACAUCCACCUGGUACCCCCAGAAAACCCUUGGGGCCAACGUUCGCUCCACGCCCAGAGCUAAACAGGUUUUACACCAUUUCUGCGGGCUGGCGUCACCAGGGACGCUUCAGGGCAUGAGCGUUCCCGCUUUGAGGGGGUUUCAUAACAUUUUCUCCCUGCCACUGUGUACUGCUUGGGAAAAACCUUGGCUGGGGCGGCAGCGUGGGAAGGACGGACAAGGCUGUGUCUUCCUCGCACCAUGUUACUUGGCACGGGGCGUGGAGGCAGCAUGUCCCCACCCUGCAAAUGAGCAGCAAUGCAUUUGCUCCCUGACCUGACGGACCGGUCCCUUUGCUCAUGGCUCCAAGCUCCAAGUCCCCAUCACCAGCGAGGAGACGGCACUAGAGCCCCUUGAAAGCAGUGGCAGCCUGGGGGUAUGCCCCAUGCCAAGAGAGGGGCAGCACCAAUUUGCACUCACACUGUGCUGGUUUGUGCUGCCCAUGAGUUUUGCCCCCCAGGUUUUCUCCCUGGGGGGGAUUUUUGGGGCAGCGAAGUCUUGAAUCGUGCAGGGAGUGGUUGCUCUUUGGUUUUGCUGCAGUCAGCAGUGUUCUUAUCUGUGUCGAAACCAGCCAUGCUUACGCGCACAUGUUGCUCUUCAUCUCUCCCUGUAGACUGCUCAUGUGAAAGCUACAGGGCUGGCAUUGGAAGGGUUAAACGAAGCUCCUCACCACUGACAGCUUGUUCACACACCAGAGCUGUACUUUGGGGUCUCCUGGAGCAUCAGGGCUGUAGGUCCUUCCUGUGGAGCCAGUGCUGGAGGCAAGAAGUUCUGCCUGAAGCCUUUGCUUAGUUUGUCCAUUUUUUUUUCCUAGUGAGCUUUGCUGUAUUUUUAACUUACAGGAAGCUUUCCCGUUACCAGCAAACUGCUAAACGUACUGCACCCAGUCCUCCCUGGCAUUAACUGAGGGGGGAGAAACCACCAAGUGCAGAAAUGCCUCCCUGCUUCUUGCAAAGCCCUUGUAGGGUCUUAACCAGGAUGUGUGAGCCCUGGCACCAGGAAGAUGGGCUCCCUGGAUGUGGCUGGUUUGUCUCCGGGUGGGCAUCUCUGACAGGUGGCACAGGGGUGGUUUUCUGGAUGCUGGUGCUGUUGCUCCAUGUUGCUGGGGUCUGGCCAGCUGUGCUGACAUGGGUUUGGGUUAUUCGAGGUGAAAUCAUCCCCAUGCUGCCCCUGCCGCUGGCACAGACAACUUGGCGGCUUCUUUCUGUGGCGGAGGACGGCUUCUCCAGGUGAAACGCUCCCAGACAGGAUAUUUGCCCAGUUUCCCCCAACCUUCUCUCCAUGAUGCAUCCUUCAGCAGUACUCGGGCUCAGUGCCCCAUUGCUAACUUCAUUGCUGAGCCCUGGAGCUGCAGUGACCUUAUCCAAUGCUCAGUGCUACAUUUGCAGGGGAUGAAGGAGCUCAUCCUGAGCCUGAUGGUCUUUGCUCCGUCUGGAUGCAAGCAGAGCAAAAUGCUUUGCAACAGCUUCAUCCCCACUGUAAGGAGUGGGUAAAGUGAGGUGAAGCCCCACGAUCCCAUGGCGCUGAGAAGGGGGUCCCAAGGAAUGCAUCAGCAGGGCUGGACCUCCUGAAAACAGAGCUGGGAGCGGGAUGCCCUCCCAUACACCCUGUCUCAUCACACACUCCGCAGGUGGUGGAAAUACCGAAACAUCCCAUGAGCAAUUUUGAAACUGGGUGGCGGGUGGUGGGAGACGUGGGUGGCAUGGGGCCGGGAGGGGUGCGUGGGGGGUGAAAAGAGGCGGCUGCAUUUCAAGCUGUGGGGCUCUGUGGUAAAAUGGGUGAAAGACAAAAGUUGCAGGGGUGGGAGGGGGAAAUUGGGCGCAUGUUGACUGUUGCAAGUGCUGCUUACAGCUCUCCACUCUCCCCAUUCUCAGACAGGUUCGGGGGGCGACCCAGUUGAUGGCCCCAGAAGAGGCCAAAUGGAAGAAGGGCUGAUUAACUAUGUCGAAGAAAGAAAGCUGAAUGAGGGCAACGGGCUCAGCCUGGAGAAUGGGGGCCAGCCAGAGGUGGGGGGCAGCACGCUGAUGGAGCCGAGCAGCUGGCUGCCUGGCCAGCCGGCCACUGCUGGCAAAGCCCAUCUGGAGGAUGCCAGAAACCUGGUGGCCUUCUCGGCAGUGGCUGAGGCUGUGUCCUCCUACCGGCUGCCUCCCCUGGACUCUCCCUCGCUGCUGUACAAGAAGUUUGACACCGAGAUGAGCAGGGGAGGGCUGAGUGAGGUGCUGGCGCCGCAGGACGGUAUGCCACGGGGAGAGGACCUGCAUGCCCUCAAGGCUGCCCUUGCCUUGGCCAAGCAUGGCAUGAAGCCCCCCAACUGCAACUGUGAUGGCCCUGAGUGCCCCGACUACCUGGAGUGGCUGGAGCAGAAGAUCAAGUCGGCUCUGGGCGAGGAGCCGGUGCCGGUCUCCCCACCACCCCCUGAGAAAGGUGCUAUUGUUCCCCAACCGGUGCUUGAGACCGCUGAGCCAUGCCCAUCGGACGGCCUCCCCUUUUCCCAAAGUGCACUGAACAUCGCCAAGGAGAAGAACAUCAGCCUGCAAACAGCCAUUGCCAUCGAAGCCCUAACGCAGCUCUCAGCCGCGCUCCCGCAACCCAGUGGUGAUGGGCAACCCCCAGCCCCGCCGCCCCCUGGGCCCCUUGUCCCACCAGAGCCGGGGCCCCGCUUCCUCACGCAGCCCGGUGCCUCACCAGAGCCACUUUUUGGCACGGUGCCUCCGGCAGGGACCGGAGACCCCAUGGCAGAGCUGGAGCAGCUUCUGGGAAAUACUGACUACAUCAAGGCAGCUUUCAAGCAGUCCGAGGCUGGCAAAGCCCCCGCAACAGUGGCGUUGAAGCCCCCCGAACGAGCGCUUGCCAAGGACGCGGCAAGCGGCCCCCGCGUGCCACCACUGCCGCAGGAGCCCAAUUUGCACAAGAAGACGCAGCUGGUCCUGCAGCAGCAUCUCCAUCACAAGCGCAGCCUUUUCCUUGAGCAGAGCCUAGCCGUGGCCCCCCCAGAGCGGCCGCCUGGCUGGUGGGCACCCGGUGCUCUGGCUGGGCCACCCAAACCCUUUGAAAAGCAGGCCAAAGAGAAAAAGAAGAAAACGCAGCCCGAAAAGCCAGCCCGCAAGCAAGUGCAGAUCAAGAAGCCCAAGCAGAAAGACUCACAGCCGCUCUUCCUGCCCCUUUGGCAAAUCAGCCUGGAGGGGUUUCGGGCACCUGCUGAGCCCCCAGCUGAAGAGAUGCAAACCGAGCCGCCACCACCUGCCUUCCCGCUCCAGCAGUCUCUUGCACUACCCCUGCCCACCACUCCCAAUUCUCAGGAAAGGGGUGCCCCUGGGGGGGGCCCCCAAAGCCACCUGCCGAUGACACCGAGCUCGUCUGGCUCAGAAGAAGCGCUGUCUGCCCCACCAGCCCCCAUUGUAGUGGAUGACAAGCUGGAAGAGCUCAUCCGGCAGUUUGAGGCUGAAUUUGGGGAGAACUUCAACCUGCAGCCUCCUGGGACAGCUGAGCUGCGGGGGGGUCCGGCACCAGCCUCACAAGUGCCCCCCACUGCCAGCACCACCACCUUGGCCUCUGGCAGCUCUCCCCAACCUGUCUCCAAAAGCUUUUCACUUUCACCAGGGAAGGGACCGCUUUUGGAGCAUACCUUUUCUGCACGGUCCCCCAAGCAGAUCAAAAUUGAGUCUUCUGGUGCUAUCACCGUGGUGUCAACCACGUGCUUUUACUCUGAGGAGAGCCAAAACACUGAUGAGGCAGAGGGGACACCCACCAAGGAUGAGGUGCCACUGACGCCAACCCUCAGCGGUUUCCUGGAGUCACCACUGAAAUACCUGGACACGCCAACCAAGAGCCUGUUGGACACCCCAGCCAAGCGCGCACAGGCAGAGUUCCCCACUUGUGACUGUGUCGAGCAAAUUGUGGAGAAGGAUGAGGGGCCGUACUACACCCACCUGGGCUCGGGGCCCACUGUGGCAUCCAUCCGGGAGCUGAUGGAGGAGCGGUACGGUGAGAAGGGCAAGGCCAUCCGCAUUGAGAAGGUCAUCUACACUGGGAAGGAGGGGAAGAGCUCCCGGGGCUGCCCCAUCGCCAAGUGGGUGAUCCGGAGACACAACCAAGAGGAGAAGCUGCUGUGCUUGGUGCGUCACCGGGCCGGCCACCACUGCCAGAAUGCCGUAAUCAUCAUCUUGAUCCUGGCCUGGGAGGGCAUUCCCCGCACUCUGGGUGACACACUAUACCAGGAGCUCACUGACACCCUCACCAAGUAUGGCAACCCCACCAGCCGUCGCUGCGGCUUGAACGAUGACCGGACUUGUGCGUGCCAAGGCAAAGACCCCAAUACCUGCGGCGCUUCCUUCUCCUUCGGCUGCUCUUGGAGCAUGUAUUUUAAUGGCUGCAAAUAUGCCCGAAGCAAAACUCCGCGGAAAUUCAGGCUGGUGGGGGACAAUCCCAAAGAGGAAGAGCUGCUCCGGAAAAGCUUUCAGGAUUUGGCCACUGAGGUUGCUCCACUUUACAAAAGGCUGGCACCACAGGCCUACCAAAACCAGGUUACCAACGAGGAUGUCGCAAUAGAUUGCCGGCUGGGCUUGAAGGAGGGGAGGCCAUUUUCAGGGGUGACAGCAUGCAUGGACUUCUGUGCUCAUGCUCACAAAGAUCAGCAUAACCUCUACAAUGGCUGCACAGUGGUCUGCACGCUGACAAAAGAAGACAAUCGCGUGGUAGGGAAGAUCCCCGAAGAUGAACAGCUGCACGUCCUCCCCCUCUACAAGAUGUCCAGCACAGACGAGUUUGGCAGCGAGGAGAACCAAAACGCAAAGGUGGGCAGCGGGGCCAUCCAGGUGCUCACAUCUUUCCCCCGUGAGGUCCGCAAGCUACCUGAACCUGCCAAGUCCUGUCGGCAGAGGCAGCUGGAGGCAAAGAAAGCUGCCGCAGAGAAGAAGAAGCUGCAGAAAGAGAAGCUGAUGACACCAGAGAAGAUCAAGCAGGAAGCGCUCGAACUUCCCACACUCCAACAAAAUGCAGGUAUGGCGUUGAAAAGUGGGAUCCCCCCACAGCCGCUGAAACCUUCCAUCAAGGUGGAGCCGCAGAGCCAUUACAACGCUUUCAAGUACAACGGCAAUGCGGUGGUGGAGAGCUACUCGGUGCUGGGGAGCUGCCGGCCCUCCGACCCUUACAGCAUGAACAGUGUUUACUCUUACCAUUCCUACUAUGCACAGCCCAAUCUGCCUUCUGUGAAUGGGUUUCACUCAAAGUUCACGCUUCCUUCCUUCGGGUAUUAUGGUUUUUCCAGCAACCACGUGUUCCCCUCGCAGUUUCUGAAUUAUGGGGCAACUGAGAGGAGUGAGAGCUGGGUGAACAACACCUAUGAGAAGAAGCCCAACAUCCAGGCAUUGCAGGAGAACCUCAACCACACCUACAGGAACACAGAUUUCCCUGAGCCCAUCCCACACAGUGUCCGGAGUAAAAACCAUCACCAGCGCACCUACGAGCGGGCUAGCCGGUAUGCCAGCCAGCAGAAGGCAGUGGCUGGGGUGCACAGGACUAGCACGGGCUCAGAGGAGGCACCGCCAUUUGCACAGAACUGUUUUGGCAGCAGGGCCAUCAAGCAGGAGCCCUUGGACCCCCCACCCAGCAUUGAGCCCUUUCCCAGUGCAGCAGCGGCUGUAUCCAGCACUGGCCUGGCCCUACCAGCUGUCCCUGUGCCAGCUUGUGGCGGGGGCCCAGAGCAGCAUUGGAGCCCAUACAAAGUGUCCCGAGGUGCAUCUUCUCCCGAGAGGACUAGUACGGCAGAGAGCUCGUGGAGCAGCCUGGUGCCAGGUGCCAGCCCCGCAGGCUCAGGUGGACGAGAGAAGCUGAGCGCCUUUGAUGCUGCCGUGCGCUUGCCGCUGCCAGAGAAGCAGUGGCCCGAUGUCCUGUCAGGAGAAGCAGCAGCAGCAUGUGGAUCUAGCUUGCUGCCAAAACCAUGGAGCCCCUGCAAGCUGGGCGAGGCAGUGCUGGCGAGUGCAGGCACCCCAACCCUGCGGGACAAGGGCUGGGAGCUGGGGCCGCUGGGCUUCAGCUCGGCCCUGCCAGGGCUGCCCAGCUUCCCCGAGGAACCAUGGGGCUCAGCCAAGGUGGAGGAGCAGAGGACACCGGCGCCCAUCCCAGGGCUGCCUGAAAAGGCGUGGGAGGCGGCAAUGCGUGAGAAGGGUGCGGUGGGGUCCCGACAGGAGAAGCCGUGGGAUCCUUUUGGCCUGGAGGAGGGCAUCGAGGAGCUGCCAGAGAAGGUGGUGAAGGAGGAGGAAGAGGAGGAAGAAGAGGAAGAGGAGGAGGAGUGGUCAGACAGUGAGCACAACUUCCUGGAUGAGAACAUUGGCGGUGUGGCUGUGGCGCCUGCCCAUGGCUCCAUCCUCAUCGAAUGCGCCCGCCGUGAGCUGCACGCCACCACUCCGCUGAAGAAGCCCAAUCGAUGCCACCCCACCCGCAUCUCCCUGGUUUUCUACCAACACAAGAACUUGAACCAGCCCAACCACGGCUUGGCACUGUGGGAGGCCAAGAUGAAGCAGCUGGCUGAGCGCGCCCGUGCCCGGCAGGAGGAGGCUGCACGCCUCGGUCUCCAGCAGGACGCCAAGGCCUUUGCCAAAAAGCGCAAGUGGGGUGGCGCAUUGGCAGCAGAGGCGCCCAGCAAGGAGAGGAGGGACUUGGUCCCCACGCGGCAGGCGGUGGCUAUCCCCACCAACUCCGCCAUCACUGUGUCCUCCUAUGCCUACACCAAGGUGACAGGCCCCUACAGCCGCUGGAUCUGAGGCGGAGGCAGCUGCUGCAGCCCAUCUUACCUCAAAGUCAGCAGCACUGGAGCACCGGUGUUGCUUCGUGGUGCUUUCUCCUCAGGCAUGGGGGAGAAGAAAAAAAAAAAAAACACAAAAAAGCAAAAUAAACCCAACACAUGCUUGGAAAAAAUGAAACCAACUCGGGUGCAAGCCAUUGGAAAGCUGCACUUGGUGAGGAGUA